AUGCCUGUUGUACCACUUGGAAGCACAAUACUUGUUACUGGUGCCAAUGGAUACAUUGCUGCCUGGAUAGUCCGGACGUUGUUGGAUAAGGGGUACAUCGUUAAAGGGACUGUUCGAUCUGAAGAUAAAGGCAAACGAUUACAGGAGAUCUUUGAAAAAUAUGGUGAAAAGUUUAAAUUCGUGGUAGUGCCGGAUAUCACCAAGGAAGGUGCCUUCGACGACGCUGUAAAAGACGUGGAUGCUAUUGUACAUACAGCUUCGCCAGUCAAUUUCAGCGCGGUUGAUCCUCAAGAGCUCAUACAACCUGCCGUUAGAGGUACCGAGAGCAUUCUACGAAGUGCAUUGGAAGUGGGAUCAAAUGUUCGACGAAUAAUUUACACUUCUUCUGCUGCAGCAGUCCUCCGAGUUGACCCUGAACCAAGAACAUUCUCAGAGGACAAUUGGAAUGAUUUAUCUGUUGCAGAGGUUGAACGCGAUGGCAAGGAUGCAUUACCGAUCACCAAAUAUCGGGCAAGCAAGACGUUAGCUGAACGAGCCGCAUGGAAGUUUUUGGAAGAUAAAAAAGAUGCUAUAAAGUGGGAUCUGGUGGUUCUCAAUCCUCCAUUUGUAUUCGGCCCCGUUACGCAUGACGUUCCUACCUUGUCCGCACUCAACCUGUCGGCUGCCCAAUUUCAUAGCAUAGUCGUGGGCCACUCGGACGCAGGAGGGAAAACCCCCCAAGAGUUGCGAAGCACUGGAAAUUGUUGGAUCGACGUACGUGAUUUAGCAGAGGCUCAAUCUUUGGCCCUGCGAAACGAGAAUGUGGCAAAUCAAAGGAUGAUCGUCUCUGCGGGGGCAUUCGUAUGGCAGGAAUGGCUCGAUGUAGCCAACUCCCUCGCACCUAUCUAUUUACCUUCACAUCCUGAUCUUCCGAAAGGUGUCCCCAUAUCCAAAUCAGACCCACAAAUCAUCCAUAAAAUCCAGUACAAUACUUCCAAGGCUGAACGACUUCUUGGUAUCAAGUAUCGCACAAAGGAAGCAACAGUCCAGGACACAUUCGCCGAUUAUGAGGCUCGUGGAUGGUAA